GCCGCCGAAGUAGAGAUGUUUUGCGACAACGACAAAUAUAAGCGUUGUUUUACAUCUUUAGUGACAUUUGUUUACAAAGAUGAAGAUUCCAGUCGAACCAAUUUGAAUGUUUUACUAGAUGAAUUGAAUUCUGUGGAUUAUUCCCAAAGUUUAGUUUCACGAGAGGAUGGGAACAGAUUAAUCAUACAUCUGUGUAAGACUAUACCAUUCCAUCAGGAGAGAAUAUUAACCAAAGCUUGUCAAACCAUCAUCAAUUUAUCUGUUAGACAACAGGUCUUAUUAUAUGAUCAUCAUGUUGAAAUAGCGGUGGAGUUUUUAAUUACAGCUCUACAAAGAUGUCCAAAUUGGACUCAUGCAGACAUUCUACAUUCAUUAACAGCUGUACUUUAUAAUAAUAUUGGAAAAGUUUCAAAGUUUUAUGAUAUAUUGUUGGGUAAGGAUGGAAUAUUACCACAGCUUGUAACUGAUACAGAUAUUGAUGAAGAUGUAUUUAGUGGUGCCGUACAGUGCCUUGAAAAUCUUACCACAAAAGUACCUGGUCAAGAUUAUCUACCUGAGGAAUAUUGUAUUAUAUGUUAUAAUAUAUUUAUACAAGUUUUACAUAAUGUUCCUAAACACAAGAUGGAUCCAAAUAUUCAAAACAAGGUACUGAUCUGUGCUUUACGUGGACUUCAUAAUAUACUGUUAACAACAAAGAUCAACAUUACUAAAGAUUUAGGACCAUUAUUAGCAGCUGUUAGGGCCUACAUACAUCAUGGAUUAGGUAGUCAGCCUACACAUAUUCCUGAAAGUCUGUGUCCAACCCCUCUAAGUCAGUAUGAUCCAAAUCCAGCAAAACCUGCUGCUAAACAGACGGCGACCGAUACUGAACAGAAGGACACAGAUUCCCACAAAGAAUCUGGAAAAAACAAGGGAAAGAAAAAUCGGAAAAAGAAACAAGAAAAAUCAGAAACUGCUCAAGUGGAAAAAAGUUUAGAAAAGCCAGAGAUUAAAAAUACUGCUAAAGGAAAUGAAGAGGAUUCCAUUCCUUUAAGACCCUCAUGGGCCAAAUUCCAUAGUUCUGAUUCUGAAUAUUCUGAUACAGAGGCUGGACAGUCAUCGAGAGUUCGCUCUGCGUAUACUAAAGUUCGACAGUGUGCACUGAAUUGCCUACAUACUAUUAUAAAGAAUACAGAUAAAAAAAUAAUAUUUGGUUAUUGGUCAUCUUUUAUACCAGAUGUUAUAUCAGGAACCAAUGCCACACAAUCACAAACUUUAUUUACUUCUAUACUUAAAGAUCCAGCACCUAAGUGUCGUAUGGGAGCUUUAGCAACACUGACAGCCAUGAUAGAUGGAACAAAACCAUAUUUAGCUGCAGCUGAAGAUAGCAUGGGAUCACGAUCAGCGUUUACAUCAUUUUCUGCUGUACUAGGAUCCAUGAUAAAAGAAUUACAUCGAUGUUUAUUAAUGGCUCUAGUUGCUGAAAACUAUCCGGUUACUUUAACACAAUUAAUAAAAUGUAUUGGUAUGUUAUUGAGUAAUGCACCUUAUCACAGAUUACAACCAGGAUUAUUGAGUAGAACUGUUAAACAAAUCAGACAUUUUCUACAACAUAGAGAUCCGAAUGUUCGUGUGGCAUGUUUGACAUGUUUAGGAGCAAUAGUCAGUAUACAGCCACCAUUAUUAGAGAUAUGCCAUAUAGUUCAACCAUCACGACCACCAGUCGGAACCAGAAUAUAUCAUAGCGGAGAAAAUACAAUGAGAAAUUCUGUAUCAGAAGACAAUUCUACACCAACAAGAGAUUCCGGAUUUAAUAGUCAGACUGAAACCUCCACAUCUAAUGGCUCACUUGAAAACAAUUCAACCAAUCAAAAAACAGAUAACAAUUCAGGAUCUCGAACUCCUGUGUUGGGUGCAUGUACAGGAAUACAGACACCAGUUUUCUCGGAUCAGACCCUUCAGAGUUACGCUCAUGACACAUCCUGGGUGAUAAAAUUAUGUAUUAAGAACGUUUUGUCACAGAAAGCUGAUACUUCAGUUCGGAAUGAUUUUGCACCUUCAUGGGAAACUCCACAGCAAGUUUAUGAACCUAUCCCUGUUCGACUGGAAUCGUUACAAGUUUUAGCCAAUCUAACUAAAGGUUAUUUCCCUAUAUUAAGAAAGAGUGUUAUAUUGAUGAAGGAUCUGAUAUUGUCAUGUUUAGCAGACACAGAUCCUGUCGUUAAAUUACACGGUACUAAAUUAUUGGAUGAAUUGAGUCAGGUGAUGUUACAAGAAUUUCAAAAUGCAACCAACGUUGGACCAGAGGCCAUUACAAAACAACAGAUGUUAGAAUUCUGGAUGUCGUUUUUAAAUGGUCCGUUACCUGGUAUAUUACAAUCAGAUGGUAUAAAUCCUGUGAGAGCUAACGCCUGUGAUUGUAUAUCAAAUGUUGGUAUGGAUGUAUUUCAAGAUUUACCUUUUGAUAAGAGAAUAAUGUGUAUAACACUGGUACUAGGUUUAACUAAUGAUGAUGAUAAACUAGUUAAAUCUGCUGCUGUACGAGCUCUAGGUGUUUAUAUUCUAUAUCCUUGUCUUAAAGAGAAUGUAAAUUUUGUAGCUGAUACAGCUAAUGCUGUGUUAAUGUGUAUGGAAGAUUCCAGUAUUAAUGUCAGAAUGAAAGCAGCUUGGGCCAUGGCUAAUCUCUGCGAUGCUCUUGUCUUAAAUAAAGAUACUAAUGCUGUAGAGUUUAUAGAAGAUUUUUCUGAUAUGUUAUUAUUAAAACUACUGAUGACGGCCACCAAAUCAUCUCAAGAUAGUGAUAAAGUUAAAUCUAAUGCUGUUAGAGCUGUAGGAAACGCUCUGAGAUAUCUGCCUCAUAGAAGUUUGGGAAAGAGUAAUUUUACAGCAGCUAUACAGAACAGUGUACAAAUAUUGGUUAAAAAUAUUCUCUCUGGUACCAUGAAGGUAAGAUGGAAUGCCUGUUAUGCUAUCAGUAAUAUGUUUAAAAAUAAUGGUUUACCACAUGGUAAAACUCAAUGGACAAUUGAUAUUAUACAUGCUCUAGGAAGUGUUGUGACAGAGUGUAAGAAUUUUAAAGUUAGAAUUAACGCUGCUCUGGCUCUUUCAUCACUAAAAGACAGAAGUUUCUAUGGUGAUGUGGAAUUGUUUACCUUUGUAUGGAAAAGUUUGAUUGUUGCUUUAAAAACAUCAGAAGAUAUAACAGACUUCGCGGAAUUUAAAUACAGGGAUAAUCUCACAGAACAGAUUAUUCAAGCUAUAUUACAUUGUGUGUCUAUUUUAUUGCCGGAUGAUUUAACAAGCCUGGUGCCAUCUCUACAGCAACAUAAUAGUUUAUUACAACCCUAUCUAUAUAAACUACAGAAAAGUGACAUCAUUAAGACAGAUAUGGAGACAGCCAUUAACCACCUGACUGAACAAAUGGAUAAAUUAACAACACCAGAACAAACGGAAGCUUUCUCCAUGUUUUCAUUUGUAUUUAUGAGUGACCAGGAAUCUUUUGUUGAUGAAAUGGAACCAAAAGGAAUGACAUCCUUCCAACAGAUUUACGAUUAAAAUAUAAUUUUGUUUAUCUUAUAAUUAUUAUAAGCUUUGGUUUGUUGCAUUUCUGCUUUAUGUUAUUUGCAUAAUUACAUACAGAAAAUGUUGCCUACAAGGUUUAAACUGCCUAUUGUUAUCUAGUCACAAAUUUCUGUAAUAUCGAAAGAGAUACCUUAUUUAUUUUUUAUAAAUUUUAGAACCAUUAUAUUGUAAAGGAUUUUAUAUUUAAACUUGCUGAUUAUUGCACGUUUUUCGAACAAUAGCUGAAUUUUUCACGCCAUAGUCUACACUAAAAUAUACUCAAAGAAAACAAAAGCAAAAUAUCAAUGGUAGUUAAUCUUACGUCUUGAAUGCGUUUUUCGAACAAUAGCUUAAUUUUUCAUGCCACAUUCUACCCUAAAACAUACUCAAACAAAUUAAAAGCAAAAUAUCAAAGGUAGUUAAUCUUACGACUUGAAUUCAAUCAGAUUCAGAAAAGGGGCCAUUAAUUUUACUCAACAGGUAGCUCUGGCUGUUUAUAUUGCCAGCAGAUGAUGUAGAAAAAUUUAUCAUAUUGUUGGAAAUACUUAAACAUGCAUUAUGCAAGAGCUAAAUCUGCCUAUUGCAGUUCUUUCUUUUGGCCCAAAAUGUUAUAUAAACUAUUAGACAUUAAUUAACAGACCAAGACCAAUCAACUCUUGAUGACUGCGAUAUUUAGUGGAUUCAAAUAGGCUGAUUUAGCUCUUAUACAAUGCAUCUUUAACUAUGCAGUGGAUGAGUAGCUUUUGUCCACUUGACAGUUCUUAAUGCUCAUUCAAAAAGAUUUGUAUGCUGUCUCAGUGAUGGAGACAUUGAGUCCAUAUUCAUGAAAAUUUAAACGUCUUAAAACCAGUUACAACUUUAAAUAAACUGUAACAGAUACUUAUGAAAAACAGCUCCUAAUAUAUUUAGUUGACACUUUGAAGAGUCUUCUGUGAAAUCGAUCCAGUUACUAAAUAACUCUAAGAGAUUAAUACCGAGUUAGUUUCAAAGGCCCCAGGACGACCCGUUAUAUCCAUUCACUAAUUAGAUAGUCCCCUUCACAUUUCUAUCUUGAGGGUUUCUAAUACCUUGAAGAGAUUAGAGUUAGUUACAAAGGCCCCGGGACAACCACUUAUGUACAGAUAGACCCCUUCAUUAAAUCCCAUCUAUCUCUUGUGGGUUUCUAAUUAGUUGUCGUUACACAUGGUGUGGUCAUCCUGUAUUUAUUAUUAAAAUCAAGAUUCUUAUGUUUUCAUAUAUAAAUAUAUUGUUUUCAAAAAGAAAAGAUAAGCAAAUUGACUGUGAUAU